GAAUUGUGCCCCAUUUCUGAAUGCCCCCUUUUCCCUCCAGAUACUUACAUUUGACCUCUGACCUAAAGAAGAGCUUCUGAGAGACCAAGUCACACCAGAAUAGCCAGGCUGCCCGUGAGGUAGCCUGGGAGGAACUUGGGACCAACCUCUCUCCUCAGAGGUCUCUUCCCUGUCUUUUUCUAGGAGCUCAGUCUGUCUGGAGGGAAAUCUGUGCAGCAACUGAACCAGUACAGUGGAGUAGGGGAAUCAGUGCUGGUCACCAGCUAUGUCCAUCUGGAAUUUUCCAACAGAGCCUUGCCGCCGAAGCUCUCUGAGAACUUCACACUUCCUACUGUCUUGGCAUUCUUCUCCUCCAGAAUGAUCACUGCCCUUGUCCUCACAACAGAGUGUCAUGUCGACCACAGCGGGACUAGCUUCUGCACUUGCCACCCUGACUACCAAUGGAACACCACACUUUGCUCCCUUUACCCCAACUGCUGUGGCCACAGGUCAGAGAGAGAUUCCUGUAAAUGUCUCAGCUUCCACGGUCCGGUUCCUGGCUAUUGUCAGUUGCUGCCACCUGUUCCUGCGAACCUGACACUGGACUCGCAGCUACAAAUGCACAGGAACACCCUGAACCUCAUUCUCCUCAAGAAAGAGAAGGCUACAAACCUGAGAUGGUACUUGAGACAGUCAGAGAACCACAGACCCAUCUUACUAUGUCCAGGGACCAAUGUGUUCCAGACGUCCAAUGAGAGCCAGGCUGGUCUUCAAAUCGCCCACAUGUCCCGUCACUGGACAGGUGAGUAUGAAAGCAUCUUCGAGGCCCAGGGAUUCAGGCGGACGCUGCGGCAGGUGGUGAAGAUGCCCUUGGAGGAGAAAGACGUGGUUCGCCUCCCAGAGGAGCUGUCCAUCUCCUGUGCUGCCUCCACUGGCUUCCAGCUGAGGUGCUGCAUCCCGCUUACCAACAUGGCCUACACUGCUACCUGGAGUCCUGGGGAGGACAGCCAAGCCUCCUUGCAAAACAUGCCGGAUUCCCAGUGCUUUGUGCUUGCCGUACGGCACUGCCCAGCAGCCGAUACCACAUAUACCUGCACCCUUCAGAGUCAGAGCCUGGCUCCUCUCGUGGCUCCUGUCUCCAUCACGAUCAUCCAGGAUGGAGACACUACCUGCCCUGAGGACUUCUCGGUGGUUGCCUGGAAUGUCACCAAGGCCGGUUUCAUGGCACAGGCCCCAUGUCCUAUGAAUAAGACGGGUGUGGUAAAGAGACUCUGUGGAUCCAAUGGCAUCUGGGGACCAGUCCAGGACAGCUGCACAGAAGCAAAAAUCCUAGACCUGUAUUUUAAAGCCAAGCUGCUGCUGGAAGGCCAGGGGAAGCCUAAUGAGCAGGUGCCAUGGAUCUUGAGGGAGCUGCAAAGGCAGGUGGGGGUGGUCAGCACCCCCUCUGACUUACGGGAAAUGCUGCACACUGUGACCUUACUGGCCAAGGUAGUAGCAGAGACAAGCACAGAGCUUACAGACAGAGCUCUGAAGGACCUCCUGACUACCACAGACAAGAUUCUAGAUGUGAACAUCACCUCUCUGUGGACUCUGGCUCGGGCCCAGGAGCCCUCUAUGGGCUCAGAUUUCCUGAAGGCUGUGGAGACCCUGGUCCACAGUGUGAGCCCACAACAGCAUCCUUUUUCCUUCAGUUCAUCUAAUGUGUUACUGCAGAGCCAGCUCCUCAGACACUCCUCUCCUCUUGGCUACCAAAUGCCCUCCGCCCCGCCCCUCCUGCAGGCACGGAUUCCAUGGCAUUCACUGGCCCCAUUGGUCCGUAAUGGAACUAACGUCAGAAUUACUAGCCUAGCACUGCAAAAGCUGGACUCCCGGCUGCCCUCCAACUAUACACAAGGGCUGCGGGACACCUCAUACGCCACUCCAGGGAUGAUUCUUGUGAUCUCCAUCACAGCAGAUGGCCAGGACUUCACGCAGGCAGAGGUUAUCAUGGACUUUGAAGACAUGAACGGAACCCUGCACUGUGUCUUCUGGGACCACGAUGCCUUCCAGGGCCAGGGAGGUUGGUCAGAUGAAGGGUGUGAGCUACAGGCAGUCAAUGCAAGCGCCUUUCAGUGCAUUUGCCGGCACCUCACAGCCUUUUCCAUCCUCAUGUCCCAACACGCUGUCCCAGAAGACCCCCUCCUGGACCUGCUGAGCCAGGUGGGUGUCGGGGCCUCCAUUCUGGCUCUGCUCGUCUGCCUGGUUAUUUACCGGCUGGUGUGGAGAGUGGUGGUCCGGAACAAAGUCGCCUUCUUCCGACACACCGCCCUGUUCAACAUGGUGAUCUGCUUGCUGGUCGCAGACACAUGUUUCCUGGGGAACCCAUGGCUUCCGUCAGGGUACCACAGCCUGGUCUGCCUGGCCACUGCUUUCCUGUGUCACUUCUUCUACCUGGCCACCUUUUUCUGGAUGCUGGCACAGGCCCUGGUGCUGGCCCACCAGCUGCUUUUUGUCUUCCACCAGCUGUCCAAGCCCUUGGUUCUCUCGCUGAUGUCGAUCCUGGGCUACCUGUGCCCACUGGGGUUUGCAGGUGUCACCCUGGGCCUCUACUUGCCUCAAAGGAAAUACCUGCGGGAGGGGAAAUGCUUGCUGAGCGGAGAUGGCGUCAUGCUGCACGCCUUCAGCGAGCCGGUGCUGGCCAUCGUUAGUGUCAACGGGCUGGUCCUUGUCAUUGCUGUGCUGAAGCUGCUGAGACCUUCGCUGUCAGAGGGGCCUGCAGUGGAGAAGCGCCAAGCUCUUGUGGGAGUGCUUAAAGCCCUGCUUAUCCUCACGCCCAUCUUUGGCCUGACUUGGGGACUGGGCGUGACCACUCUGUUUGAAGGCUCCUUGGUCUUUCACUACAUCUUUGUCAUUCUCAACAGCCUCCAGGUACUAGAGGCCUUGCGCAAAUGGUUGCGAGGCAGCCGGUCCUCUAACUCUGCCAUCUCCAUGGUCACAAACGAAACCUGCACCUCAGAACACAGCAGAGAAAGAAGUGAGCUUGCCAGUUAUGAAGAACAGAUGACUGAUUGACAGGAACCUGUGAUCUUCCAGACACUGAAGUUGAAGGGCAGAAUUCUCUUUCUUUGGGGGCAGUAUUUAGUUACAAAGUUCUUACUAAUAUAAACUGCUUCUAAAAU